AGUCAAAGUACUGCAAUAUGUUUAAAAAGAACCAUCUGUCUGAAGAUGGCUGCUCUGAACAUGCUCACACGGUGCCAGUCCCUGGGCUACACCAAAGACAAGAUCCUGUGCAUUGCAUUGCACCCUGGAUGGUUACAGACAGACAUGGGAAAUAAACUGGGACAGCCCCCACUGACAGUGGACUUCAGUGUGCGUGAGAUCCUGAGCACCCUUGCCCGUCUCUCUGAGAAAGAAAAUGGUGCAUUAGUGAACUUGGAUGGCAAAGUCCUUCCCUGGUGAGACACCAAACGACUUGCUUGCCUGCACUGCAGAAGGAACCCUGCAUCAUCAUGGGCAAUAUAAACAUCCAAGAAGCCAAGCCUUCUUCUUUUCAGAAAGUACAUCUCCUGAAAAAAAUCUUGUAACCUACUUUCCUCCUAACUGCGCUAUGUACUGAGACUAAUACUCUGUGACUUGUGCAACCUUA